AUGCGAGAAACAAUCUCGCGGCAGGAUACCAAUGGCAUCAAUGGUAUCAAUGGCUCAACAGACUCCUAUGCCGACAACCUUGAGGUUGACUGCCUGAUCAUUGGGGCCGGCUUCGGCGGCGUCUAUCUCCUUCAUCAUCUUCGCAAGAUGGGCUACGACUGCAAGAUAUACGAGGCGGGUAAAGAUCUAGGUGGCAUCUGGCACUGGAACUGCUAUCCUGGAGCUCGCGUUGAUUCCCAAGUACCUAUUUACGAAUACUCCAUGCCGGAAGUGUGGAAAGACUGGACGUGGUCUGAGGCGUACCCAGGUUCGGAUGAGCUGCGAGCAUACUUCAAACACGUCGACAAAGUGCUCGAUAUCAAGAAGGAUGUUGCAUUCGACUCGUGCGUGGUAGGUGCAAACUUCGACCAGUCAGCCGGUAAAUGGAUUGUGAGAACUGAAGACGGCCGCACUGCAAGGAGCCGUUUCCUUAUCAUUGCAACAGGCUAUGCUGCCAAGCGUCAUUUCCCUGGCUGGAAAGGCAUGGACACAUUCAAGGGCGUAAUGCACCAUUCGUCCUUCUGGCCAAGUGAGGGCGUCGACGUCAAUGGCAAGCGCGUCGCCGUCGUCGGAACAGGCUCAUCAGGUGUACAGCUUACGCAAGCAACGGCAAAGGAAGCCGCCUCAGUGAUCGUGUUCCAAAGGACCCCCAACCUAGCCCUACCUAUGGCGCAACGCUCGCUCACCAAGGAACAGCAAGAAAAGAAAGGUUACCCGGAACUCUUCUCCGAACGCAUGAAAGGUUUCGCAGGAUUCCCGUUCGACUUCGUCAAACGCAACACCCUAGAUGACACCCCGGAACAACGCGAAGCCUUCUACGAAAAACUCUGGCAAGCCGGGGGUUUCGGAUUCUGGCUCGGCACUUAUCAGGACAUGCUCUUCUCCCACGCGGCCAACCGCGAAGCCUACAACUUCUGGGCCAAGAAGACGCGGGCACGCAUCCAGGACCCGCGGAAACGUGACCUCCUUGCCCCGCUCGAACCCAUUCACCCCUUUGGCACCAAACGACCGAGCUUGGAACAAGACUACUACGAGCAAUUCAACAAGCCGAAUGUCGACAUUGUGGAUGUGCGCCCCAACCCGAUCAAAGAAUUCGUCCCUGAAGGCCUCGUUACAGAGGACGGCAAACUGCACGAAUUCGAUGUCAUUGUCCUAGCCACGGGUUUCGACGCCCUAACCGGCGGAAUGAAAAACAUGGGCCUCCGCUCCACCUCAGGCGAGACCCUUUCUGACACCUGGAAGUCAGGGACGUGGUCCUACCUCGGCAUGACCUGCCACAACUACCCGAACAUGUUCUUCCUCUACGGGCCCCAGGGGCCAAGCGCUUUCGCCAACGGUCCAACCUGUGUCGAGGCUCAGGGCGACUGGAUCAGGAGCGCUAUUGCGAAGAUUGACAAGGAGGGAAUCAAGAGUAUUGAUCCGACGAGGGAGGCGGAGGAGGAGUGGAAGAGGAAGGUGAAGGAGUUGGGUGACAAGUCGUUGUUUCCCAAAGCGAAAUCUUGGUAUGUACUCCGACUUACGUCUUUUUGA